GCAAAGCCAGCCUUCCCGAACCUCGUCUCUCACACUUCCUGCUUCAACAUUUCCAACCAUACAUUUCUAUCUUCACAGUUCCCCCUCUCCUCAAUCACACGACCCAAGACCUUUGUCACUUCCGAUAGACACAACACCCGACGCCUCCUAUAUCAUCCAGUGCGACCUUGCCCACCACCAUUGUCGCCAAAUUCGUCAAUAUCAACAUCCCACCGUCCACCCGCGCAUCUGCCACCUGCACCUUUGCGCCCACUCAUCCCACUGCCAGCAGCACCUGCCCGUAUCCCUCGACUUCCCCGGCCCAGCAUUAAAUUGCAUCCCACUUCUGUCCCGACUAUUGCAGUCUCUCGACUUUCUCGUCCCGAUUUCUUGCGAUAUUCCUACGAAUCCUCUCUCGACCUCCUGACCAUCUGCCCCCCGUGUCUGCAGCGUCGCUCUCCCCUUUUUGUCGCGAAUAAAGAAAGCCUCCAGUACAGAUCCAAAUCUCAGGGAUCGAGACGCAAAUAGUCCUCGGAAUCCUCAGAGCGCCUCCGUGCGCAGUCCCCCGUCGUUCGGAUCGUCCUUCGCCAUAAUAAAAGUUGCUCCUACCUUCUCCGGGACUUUGUCUCUCUUGCAGGAUCGCAGUUUCCUCCACUAGAGUCUCAGAGCCUUCCACACCAGCUUCACAGUUAUUUUGCGCUCCAAGAGGGGGACCCUUCUCUUAAAACCUCUCAUUCCACCAUUCCACCAUGGCGGACAAAAUUUCCAUCACUAUAUGCGGUGAUGGAGGUUGCGGCAAGUCGUCCAUUACAUUGCGCCUCGUCAGAUCGCAAUGGACUUCCGAAUAUGAUCCUACUAUCGAGGACUCGUACUCGGUAACCCGAACAGUGGACGGCUUAAACUACUAUCUCUCACUCACCGACACAGCCGGCCAAGAAGAGUAUCGAAGUUUGUGGGCUGCCUCCAACCUCCAGUCUGACGCUUUUCUCCUGGUUUAUGACAUCACCAAUGCUGCCUCUCUCGACGGGCUUUCGUGGUUUCUUGACAUGAUUGACAUUGAAGCCGAGAACAGAGUCGAAGAGAACUCCCGGUUGCUCCGCGAAAAGGGAGCCAAGGUCCGCGGCAGAAGGGAAGAUGGAUGGAAGUUUCCUCCAAUCAAGAUCGUCGCCGGUAACAAAUGUGAUCUUAAAGAUGCCAGAGUGGUCAGCAGCAAGGUGGGCUGGGAAUGGGCCAAGAGCAGAAACUGUGGUUUUAUGGAGACAAGUGCGCGAGAAAUGGUCAACAUCGAGGAGACCUUUGCUCGUAAGUCGACGCUGCUCUUCCGUCCGUCAAUGUCCCUGGCUAAUGAGAGUCGACAGUGAUCGUGCGCAGAGUGGUUGAGGCAAGAAGGCAGCACGGUGCCGGCGCUGGCUCGCUACCCCAUCAAGCACCGUUUGCCUCCAAGGGCCAUACUCCUAACGUUAGCGGUGCUGGAGCGGCAUCUUACCAGAUGCCUGCGUCCAUGCAACCAAACCGACAAUUAUCCACCCCUAAUCCCUUGCCUCCUACGGAGAAAUCAGGCUUCGAUGACGACAACGCUAAUGUCCCUUGGUGGAAGAAAGUAUUCUGCUGCCGAGGUUGACGAUUUCGUUGAUAGUCCAUGAAAUACUUCGGGCUUGUACAACACGGCGGCCGUCUCAUCUACAUGGCUUUAUCUUGGUGUUGUAAUAUUAUGUUACAGGGGUACACCUCACCACGCUUUUUGUGGCUCAACUCCUUCGAUGAGAAGAGAGUCUACCACGUGUAUCAACUCAGCAACGGGUAUGAGCGAAGACACCACCGCUUAUCAUCAGGAUUCUUUGUCUUGUGCGCUCAGCUUUCCGAGCCGGGACACCGGCAAUCACUACUACCAGACUGAGCCGCAUGGGCGUUCUCUUCACCUAUCAUGAAGGCAUAGUAUUUGUCGGCAGGCACUGGCUUUCAGAGACUGCUGCAGGAUCUCUAUGAUCUUGGCUCCAAACAUGAAGCAAAUUGUCAGUGCUCUUCAAGCCUGAUUGAAGGUGAACAGAUCAGCCGACAGUGGGAAAAGGAGGUCGACAGGACUGUAUCCAUCAGACCGGCGAGCAGACGUCGACAGUCAGUGUUAUAUCAAUGCCUGAUGUAUUCUUUGGGGAGAAGACAUAGAGUUUUGCAGGCAAGACGGGUGGGUGGCCGCGAGGCCGGAAAAGUGAGUUUUGAAGAUGUCCAGCGAUGUACCUUUUUGCUAUGUAUCAUGCUGUUUUCAAUUUGUGCUGUAUAGUCAGAACUGUCGAUAUUUUUUGAAAGACCUUGUGAGGGAAAGAAGACGAGAUCGGAUUUGACCAAGACAAGCGCUACAAUGCUUUGAUCUACUGCCAUUAUAGAAUCUUCCACAGCGAAGUCCGCUGAAAGUCGAAUCCGGCUGCGGGACAGCGAACCACUGAUGUACAUAGAUAUUUCUCAGAUAUAUUGUUCUAGAAGAUGCUGAACUAUCUACGACAAGUAAUGUAUCACCCAUCACGGACGGUCCUCCGAUGUCGAUG